GGGGUCAACAUCUUCGCCUCCAAUGGUGAAUUUCGGGUUUGCAGGGGUUAAUUGACUCCUCUUGCCCCUAUGUGGAUCCGUCCUCGAGAGUGAAAGCAGCAAAGAGGAGCAUAGUGAGAGACCGAGACAGAGAGCAGAGAGAGGUCGAUGAGAUAUCGGAGACAAGGAGAGGAGAGAUAGCUUUGAGUUGAGAGUUCGAGAUUAAAGUGAGAAAGCUUUACGCCGUGUCUGUAUCUCCUUCUCGCUCUCCUCUUUGUUUAGGUACCAUAAAUUUUUGGAUUUAUGGAACCGCAUCCGUAACUGUAGAUUGUGGUCGGUAUGAGAAACCGCAGAUCUUGGUCGGCUUUCGUAAUAUAUCGGCUUCUUUGCGGUAACAACUCCACGCCCAAAGUCUCUAAGCCCAAUUCAAUGUGGGCCCAUAACAAACCAAAGUUAGACCAAUUUUACAUUACAAUUCUCAAGCCCUGCCCUCUCCAAAAACCCUAAAACUAAAACCUCCAAAGUUCCAGUCUUUCCCGAGUUGUCUUCUCUCUCGACCACCCCUUUUUCUCUGCCCCAUUCUCUUCCUCUGCCUCCAUGGCUACGAUCACUCCAGCUCCUACAGCUUCCACAACCAAACCCACCAAAGCCAUCACCAAGACGGUGCGGAAAGCUGUAAAUGCCCUCCUCAAAUGGCGAAACUCCAAGUUGCAGACCGAGAAACCGGAUCUCUUAGAAUCCGACGAGUUCGCCUAUCUCGUUCUCACCCUCAAGAAAAUCCCACCAAAGGCUCGCAUAAACGCCUACAAAGUCCCUCUCCCAAAUCCUCUCCAUUCUCAGCUCUCCGAGCUCUGCUUGAUAUACGACGAUGGACCCAAGUCCAAUCUCACCAAGGAUUUCAUCCAAAAGAAAAUCAAGGCCGAGAACAUACCCAUCUCGAAAAUUUUGAAGCUUUCGAAGCUCAAGACUGAUUACGUGCCCUUUGAAGCCAAGAGGAAGCUGUUGUAUUCUUAUGAUAUGUUUUUGGCUGAUAGGCGGAUUGUGCCUUUGCUUCCGAAGUAUUUGGGGAAGCAGUUUUUUAAGAAGAAGAAGAUUCCGGUUCCUGUGGACUUGGAGCACAAGAAUUGGAAAGAGCAGGUUGACAAGGCAUGUGGGUCGGCCUUGUUGUUCUUGAGUACCGGGACGUGCAGCGUGGUCAGGGUAGCGAAGGUGUCGAUGAGCGUUGAUGAGAUUGUGGAGAAUGUGCUUGCGGCGAUUAAUGGGAUUGUGGAGAUUGUGCCUAAGAAGUGGAGGGAUGUGAGGUCAUUUCACUUGAAGUUUCUGGAGUCGCUUGCAUUGCCGGUUUACCAGGCCGUGCCCGAUUUGACAUUGAAGAUUGAGGGAGCUAAGAGUGAUGAGGAAGGUAAGGAGGAAGUGAAAAAGGUUGUUAAGUCUGAGAGUAAGAGUUUGAAGAGUGAGAAAGUGAGUAAGAAGAAGGGUAGAAUUCAUGAAGUGAGGUAUAUGGAUAGCAAUGCUGGUGAGGUGCUUGAUGAUGAUGAAGUGGUUGCUGAAGGGGAUAUUGGAGAUGGUAAGCAACGUGAGAAUGAAGAACCGGGUAAUGGUGAAUUGGGGAAGAAGAAGAGGAAGAAGGAAAAGGUUGUUGGUGAGUCUAAGGGUGACAAAAGGUUGAAGAAAUCAGCUAAGGUGAAAGAUGAUGCUGAACUAAAUGGGGAAAAGGGUGAGUUUAACAAUGAGAAACAGUUGAAAAAGUCGGCUAAGGUGAAAGAUGGAGAUGAUGAGGUUCCUGUUGAGAAACAGUUGAAAAUUUUGGCUAAGAUGGUAGAUGAAGAUGAUGCCACUAUCAAGCAUAAGAAAGAUGGGUUGUCUUCGAAGGGGAAGAAACAAGAUGUUACAAAGAUGAAAGCAGAUGAUUUGCCAGUCAAGGGCGAAGAGUCUGUUGGAAAGAAGGAGAAGAGGAAGAGUGAACAUGUGAAGUUGAAGAGCGGAGAAGCAAAGCCGAAGAUGGCUAAGAGAAGUAAGAAAGCAAUAGAGUAAUUCAGCAUAGCAGGCUACAGACGGGAAUUCAACACAUCCGAGCAAGUAUGGCUGUCCAUGAUAAGUCUGUUUGGCAGAAAUUUUGAUUGUUCAGUAUUUUAUUGUGGUAUUGAUGUUAUGAUCUUUUUCUUAUUUUAUGAAUUGACUCUGCCUAUUUAAUUUAUGUCUUCGUUAUGGCGAUCAUACAAAAUGGUUAUGUUUCUAUUUGUUUGUGCAUGUGCUUAAAUCUGAAUUUUGAACUAAGGUUGAGUCA